UGUCUAUGCGUACAUAUAUAUGUGGUAUGUGAUACAUUCAAGUUAAGUCUGGUGAAUUUUGAUGUGCAUUUUAAAGUUUAAUUUACUUUAAAUAUUAUACGAUUAUACAUUGUGGAUUUAAUAAGUGUAUUAUUGCAAUCGGAAUAGAUAGUUUCAUAAUGACACAAAAUAUGGACCAAGAACAAGUUGUUAUGACUCCUAAAUGCAAGACUGCUAACUCUACCGUGCUAGUUAUUGAACGAAAAAAAGUCCAGGCAACAAACAAUGAUAAAGUUCAUGUAGCUGGAGGGGAUCAUACGGGAAUUGUUAUAAACAAAGAAGUAGUGGCAGUAAAUGGUGAAGUACAACAGCCUGCGCAAUUAUCUUUAGAAUUUCGAGUUUUUCUAGUCAAUAGUCAUACAGGUAAACACACUCAAGAAUCUCGCACACUUCGCUAUUGGUUUAGGGAACUUCCCGAAAAGGGAGAACUUACAAAUUCUGAAAAUGCUUCAGUUGCUCAAGAAUUUUUUAGGGAACUGGUUUCCCCGCAGGAAUUUCCCAGAGAUUAUGUAGGAUUUAUAAAAAAAAUAAUGAAGUUAAUGCAGCACAAUUACAGAACAAUAAACAAAUUGGAGUUAGAAUUAAAACAACUGGAGGCAACAGAAGUUCCAAACAGACCCUUAUCAGCUGAUGAAAGUAUAUUAGGCACUGUUGCAAUUUUAACUACAGAAAAACUUCUGGAAAUCAUUGAAUCUUCUUAUCCCAAUCCAGUUGUUAUUUCUGAGAUUGCUAAAGAACAUGGUUGGGACGAAGAAGAAAUUUCAGCCUGUCUUGCGGAAUUACAAAACAGAGGGCUAAUUAAAUCAAUGGAACACGGCGCUUUUACUCGUCAACAGUCGCAAGAUGCCCAGGUUACAGUGGUCAAACAAAUGCCGACAAUUGCCAGUGCUCAUCAGCCUACAAUUGCUAUAAUUACCGCACAAUAUUGCGAAAAAAUUGCAGUGGACGCAAUGAUAGAAAAUAAAGAGACCUUCGUACGAUACACAACAAUUGGAGAAUCGAAUGUUUAUACACUGGGUAAUAUUGGAGCGCAUCGUGUGGUGUGUACAAAACUACCAACUGUGGGACACACUAGGGAAGCCAUGACCGCGGCGGGAAAUACAACGACGAGAUUAUUAGGGACUUUCCAAAAGGUGGAAUAUAUUUUCCUAGUCGGGGUAGGUGGAGGGGUGCCGCACUAUACCGAUUACAAUAAGCACGUCAGAUUGGGCGACGUUGUCGUUUCUUACCCCAUUAAGGAUAAGGUUAUUUACAUUUAUUGUAAUGAUGCUAAAAAGGUAGACAAAGUUUGCGAGUUCGACAUGAAACCGUACAGCUCUCCGAGUUUGAAUCUUCAACAAAUCGCAAGAAAUCUCAAAUUUUCGGCAGAAUCGCAUUCGAACGAGAAUCCUCCGUGGUUGACUUAUAUCAAUCAUGGUUUAAAGAGUCUUAAUUCAACUCAGGAACAAGAUUUUAAUCCACCCAGUAAAGAAACAGAUAAACUUUACAUGGCCAUUGGCGAGAAAGAUCUUAUCGAAGUCGCACAUCCUGAACCACUUGAAAAUACCUUUAGAAGGCAAGAGGGUUGUCCUAAAAUACAUCUGUCACCGAUUGCAGCGGGGCGACAGGUGGUUAGGGAUGACCAAUUACGUCAACAAUUUGCGUCCACGGUAGGGGCGUUAGCCUUCGACUGUGAAUACGACGCAGUCAUCGAAUCCAUUCUAGGGAACUGCAAAGAGAGUUUUAUCUGUGUCAGAGGUAUUUCCGACUAUCGAGACGGACUUAGAAGGAAAGAAUGGCAACCAUACUCUUCAUUGGUGGCUGCUAGCGUUAUGAAAGCUAUUAUUUGUGGCAUGGAACCGCCUACUCUUUAAAAAUUGACAUUUGAAAGAAAAGGUAUUUAUUAAACUGGGCUAAAAUUAGUAUCUGUUGAGAGUUUUUAUGGUGCUAAUUUUAGUGUUGGUUUUAAUAAAUAACGAGAAAAGGAAAAGAAAAUUAAGUUACCAGUCUAGAUUAAGGUUCUAAGUUUCCUGAAUUUAUUAUUAGGUUUUUAAUGUACAUUUUGAAAAUGCUCCGUGUAAUUGCCUUUAUAAUAACUAUUCUUUUUGGAGGAGAAAAAGAGAUCUCACUGAAAAUUUGUUUUAAUAAAAGGCAAAUAAGUAAUAUUUAUAAUCACCAUUUUACUAUUUUAAUCUUGUUGCCCGGUUUUGGCCUAUGAAAAGACAAUAUCUAAUAGUUUUAAAGAAAAAAAUGUGAGAUCAAAUUAUUUUAAUAAGUUACCUACUUGCAAUUAUUUAGAAUGAUAAAAUUUGAUCUCGUCAAGCAUUUUAAAUUGGAUU